UAGGAAGAGAAUAUCAGAAUAAAAAUAAACAGUUGUAUGAGUGGUCCUAUUCCUAUCUCAACACGCCUUAUCCAUCCUCUUCAUAAUUCCUAGCUUCAGCUGCUAAGAAAAUCUCAUUUCAACAACAAGGUCAAAGGAAUAAAAAUCUGAUUAUUGUUCUUGACAAAUAAUGCAACAUGCCCAACACAGUGCCUUCUACACCAACCGAUUCCUCCUCUACUAGCUUAUUUGAGCUCCUCACUGAAAUGAAGAAGCAAACCAAUCCAGAAUCACUCAACUUCCAAGCAAAAUCUCCCUCCCAAAUCUCCUCCGAAUGCUGGUUCGACGAUGCAUGCAUCUUGGACAUGGAUUACUUCGUUAAGACCCUUGCUGGCAUCAAGGCCAAAGGUGUUCGUGCAGACCUUAUUGGCUCCCUCAUCACACACUAUGCCUCCAAAUGGCUCCCUGACCUCUCUGCAGGUGACAUGACUGGUAAGAGCCUGGCCCAGUUCGAGGAAUCGCCGGAAAGCGUGACGGCGUCAUGGAUGAAGAAGAGGUUCUUCGUGGAAACCUUGGUGGGUGUUCUUCCCCCCGAGAAGGAUGCCAUUCCAUGCAACUUCCUGCUAAGGCUUCUGAGAACGGCGAACAUGGUUGGGGUUGAUGGUUCCUACAGGCAAGAGCUUGAGAAACGUAUUUCGUGGCAGUUGGACCAGGCUUCGUUGAAGGAGUUGGUGAUUCCCUCGUUCAGCCACACUUGUGGGACACUCUUGGACGUUGAGCUGGUGAUUAGGGUGGUGAAGAGGUUUGUGAGUUUGGACAGCGAGGGAGCUAAGAGCGUUGCUUCUUUGGUUAAGGUGGCCAAGUUGGUCGAUUCCUACCUCGCUGAGGCAGCUAUGGAUGCCAAUUUGAGCUUGAACGACUUCGUUACCCUUGCCGCAGCUCUUCCAAGCCAUGGAAGAACAACGGAUGAUGGGUUGUACAGAGCCAUUGAUACGUAUCUAAAAGCACAUCCAGGUGUGUCGAAGCAAGAGAGGAAGGGACUGUGCAGGCUAAUCGACAGCAGAAAACUAACAGCAGAGGCAUCACUCCACGCAGCACAAAACGAACGGUUCCCGGUGAGAGCAGUGAUUCAGGUGCUUCUCUCGGAGCACAGCAAACUGAACCGGCACGUGGACUGGAGCGGCUCUUUGGUGAGCGGAGCGAGAAGCCCCGGAGGGUUGGACCUGCCGGCGCGGUGCCUGUCGAAGCGCGAGGUGAGCGCUCAGCAAGUGGAGAUAAGGAAGCUGAAGGAUGACGUGUACAGGCUUCAGAUCCAGUGCAACGCCAUGCAGGCGCAGAUGGAGAGGAUGGUGGUGGAGAAGAAGAAGGGCUUCUUCAAGUGGAAGAAGUUCGCCUUUCCCAUCAAAGCCGCCGACAGAAUGGACCUCGAACUCGAGGGGAACGUCAGGUGCACGCCUGUGGACAUGAAGACAAGGUUGGUUAAUGUCAAAGGUGGUGGCAGAACUGCUCACUCUCACACUCACACUCACACUCACAAGUGGAGGAAGUCCAUGUCUUGAUCAAUCCACAACACGUUUAUCAUUAUCAUCAUAUUCACCAAAUUAAUUUACUUUCUCUCUAUGUUCUUUUAUUGCUCUAUCAAAUAAUCCAGGAUAUAUCAACUUUUGUAUUUCGAAUAAUAAACUCAAUAAUUUCUUUCACCUAUCA